AUGGCUUCGAGCGGCACGUCAGACGGAGGACGCUUCCAGACCGUCAUCAAGCUGCAGUCCCGGCCAAAGGGCUGCCACCUGAUCACCGACGAGAUUGUCGCAGCCCUCGGCGACAAGCUGAAGAACACCAAGAUUGGCAUCCUCCACCUCUUCAUCCAGCACACCUCGGCCGCUCUCACCAUCAACGAAAAUUGCGACCCUGACGUCCGUACCGACAUGGACCGCGUGCUCGACAAGAUCGUUCCUGAAUCCUUCGACUGGGACCACGUCGACGAGGGCCCCGACGACUCCGUCUCGCACACCAAAGCCAGCAUCAUCGGUCCGAGUAUCCAGAUCCCUAUCGGCAACGGCAGGCUCAUGACCGGUACUUGGCAAGGCAUCUACCUCACCGAGUUCCGCCACCACCCGCACGCUCGCCGUGUCGUCGCUACCAUCCUCUGA